GUCCGGACGCUGUCAGCACGCACCCAGUACGAGAGUGAGCUGGUUCCGACGCCUUUCGAGUGGAAGCUGCAUGCUUUCCACAACGAGAUCGGACGGGUCUUCCAGAGCCCCGGGCGCACCAGGCGGCGGAACAUCUUGUCCUUCGGGGACAGUGGCCACGAGCGGGAGGCCCUGAUCAAGGCCACGGCCAACAUGCCGGACACGACAAGGAAGAAUUUAAAGUUCAUGGACAGACCAGGCGUGGAGGAACUGCGCAAGCAGCAUUCAGUCAUGGUGAAGUGCCUGCGGCAGAUUGUCCACCAUGAUGGACACCUGGACCUCUACCUCAGGUUGCUCGCUGCAUGGAUUUUGAAAGUUCGUGUGGCGCAGCGUGUGAGGCUAACGCCGGCUGUCUCAGUGUGUCCCAGUCUUGCCGCCGAGCAAGCUGGAGACGCGCUGAAGCUGGCCAAGCAGAGGGAAGAAGACUUUGCGGCAUCGCGCAGCGCUCGCUCUGCCGCUGAGACAGAUCUUCGGAGGGAUUGUGACGAUUGCAGGCAGAAGGCUGCAAAGCUGUGGGCGGAGUCGCAGAGGCUCCAGAAGAUGCUCCAGGCCGCAGCGCAGAAUCGCAGAAUCGGAUCCCUUCAAGAGUUCUUUCCACGCUUCACAGGAAGGCGAGAAAUACGACGAGCCCGGACCUCCAUGAGGCUCGCAGACGGCCGUUCCCGGCCCUGUGGUCAAAACAGGCUCCUCUCUAGUUUUUUCCCCAAAGCAGGUGAAGUGAAGGAGUAG